ACUUAAGUGCCGUUGGAACUAGAACUCUAUCCACCGUCCGAGCAAACCGUGGGUCUUAUUUACGAAAACGUUUAUUUCAGCUGUAAUUGAUGACGUUAGUAAAACGUUCUUCAAUACUUAGGGCCUUUUUUCACUUGAACUAAUAGCGAAUGUGCAUAUUCUUAAUUUGUUUACAGUCGUGGCAUUUGGUUAUUCCAAUUACGUUUUGGCCAUUAGUGUCGCCACAUUGCAAGGGCAUCGAGUUGUCAAUUGAAGGACCAUUUAGGGACGUGGGCUUCACCGAGAAUUCGUUUUUUCAAUGAGAAAUGCGAGGUGAAUCUCUUUUCCAGUGUCCAUCGAACUAGCUGGAGGGGUGUCCUGAGGAUAGAACAGAUGGUUGGACAACAAGAGGGAAUUUGACAUAAACAACAGGCUCGUGCAAAGUCUUGUUUUCUCCCUCCCAUCUGUUGCUGUCAACGAUCUCCGUAUUUACAGUUGCUGAUAGAACUUUGUUUUCAACUUCAAAUUGGAAGGAAAAAAUGAAGAUUUUUACGUUGGUUCUUGUUACGAGAAACUCUGAAAUCCUCCUAGGUCUUAAAAAGCGAGGUCUAGGAGAAGGAAAAUGGAAUGGCUUUGGAGGCAAGGUCGAAUUUGGGGAAACUGUCAUCCGAGCUGCCAUGAGGGAACUUUGCGAAGAGAGCGGAAUUGUGGCUGACGAAUGCAACCUGUUGCAACGUGGAAUUAUAACGAUGGAUUUCGCUAAUGGUGAAGAUUCAUUUGAAAUCCACGUAUUUCUGUGCACCAACUAUAAAGGAGAAAUAACUGAAACCGAAGAAAUGAAGCCGCAAUGGUUUGAUAUUCAUCACAUUCCGUACGAUCUAAUGUGGAGUGAAGCUCGUUUGUGGUAUCCAGUUUUCCUCUCCGGCCAUCCAUUUGAAGCCAGUUUUUCUUACGAUAUCCAGGGCCACAUAAUCAAUCAUGCCAUUAUUCAACUUCCGUGA